AUGGGCACCUACAAAGUCCGCAUUGCCACCGGGAACUUCCUGCUAGCUGGGACAUUCAGCUCCAUCUCCAUCACCCUGGUAGGGACCCAUGAGGAGAGCGACAAGAAGCCCCUCGACAAUUGGGGGAAGGACUUCAACCCCGAGGCGGUGGAGCUGUGGCUGAAGGGUUUCCAGAGCUGCACCAACUCCUGGGCGAAGCUGGACGACAUCAACAAGGUUUUCUUCUUCAACAAAACCCCAAUCACAGAGUAUGUGAGGGCGCACUGGCGAGAGGACACAUUCUUCGGGUACCAGUUCCUGAAUGGAGUCCACCCGGUGGUGAUCCGGCGCUGCACGGAGCUCCCCUGUAACUUCCCCAUCAUGCUGGCCAUGGUGGCCUCCUCCCUGGGGGAGAGCACCAGCCUGCAGGAUGAACUGGAGAAGGGGAACAUCUUCCUUGCUGACUAUAAAAUCCUGGAGUGUGUCCCGGCCAACACAAUCAACGGCUACCAGCAGUACAUCGCCGCGCCCCUCUGCCUGCUGCACCUGCAGCCCUCCGGGGAGCUCAUCCCCGUGGCCAUCCAGCUCAACCAGUGCCAAGGCCCCGCCAGCCCCAUCUUCCUGCCCAGCGACUCCGAGUGGGACUGGAUCCUGGCCAAGACCUGGGUGCGCUACGCUGAGUUCCUGGUGCAUGAGGCUGUCAGCCACCUGCUGCUCACCCACCUGAUCAACGAAGCCUUCACCCUGGCCACCCUGCGCCAGCUGCCCAUGUGCCACCCGCUCUUCAAGCUGCUGCUGCCCCACACCCGCUACACGUUGCACAUCAACGUCGUGGGCAGGACCCUGCUACUCGGACAUGGAGGGAUCAUCGAAAGGGGCGUGGGCUUGGGGCUUGAGGGGGCCAAGUUGCUGAUGGCCAAGGGCAUGUCCUGCCUGACCUAUGCCUCCCUCUGCUUCCCUGAUGACAUCCAAGAGCGCGGGGUUGACUGCAUUCCCAAUUACUACUACAGGGAUGAUGGGCUGAAGAUCUGGUCGGCCAUUGAGAGCUUCAUCUCUGGCAUCGUCAGACACUAUUAUCACAGCGACGCCCACGUCCUGGCCGACUGCGAGCUGCAGGCCUGGGCAGAUGAGAUCUUCCAUGAAGGCUUCCUGGGGAAUGAGACGUCUGGUUUCCCCUCAUCCCUGCAAAGCAUCCCUGAGCUCAUCAAGUACCUGACCAUGUGGAUCUACUGCUGCUCAGCCAGGCAUGCCGCCCUCAAUAACAGGCAGUAUGAGCUUGGAGCUUGGAUGCCCAACUUCCCAGCCUCCAUGAGGAACCCCCCACCCCAGGCCAAGGGCACCACCUCCCUGGAAAGCUACCUGGACACCAUCCCAGAGGUCAACAGCACCAGCCACAUCAUCUUCACCCUUUGGGUCCUCUGCUGCGAGCUGGGGGACUCGAGAUCCCUGGGCACAUACCCUGAUGAGCACUUCGUAGAGGAGGAGCCCAAGCAGCUGAAAGCAGCCUUCCAGGGGCACCUGGCCCAGAUCUCCCAGGAGAUUCAAGAGAGGAACAAAUCUCUGCCCAUCCCCUACCGCUACCUGGAUCCCCACCAUAUCGAGAACAGCACGUCCAUCUGA